UCCCCGCUCACUCCCUCAGGGUCACACAGGCAGCACUUUCAGGGAUCACUUGUAGACGACAGCUCUGCCGGGACGAUCGCAGCCAGCAGACGAACACGCCGGUGCGUUGGAGGCUCACAGACCCGAGACCCGAGAGAAGCGACUCACCUGCCAUACACGUCAGAGCUGCACCGCUGCCCUGCUGUCUGCUCUGCUCUCCCAGCUGCACUUGGCCUGUCUCUGGAGCCAAGAUAACGUGGCUGUGUAGUUUGGCUCUGACUGUAACGGGAGGUUAGACAGGAAAAGAGGCGACACCACUUUGACAACAGUUCAUCGCAGAAUCUGGAUUUCACAGCAUUGCUACCUGUCUGAUAGUUGUGUGUGUGUGUGUGUGCGUGCGCAUGUUUUUUGUGUGUUUCUGCUUGAUUGCCCAUCAGUUAGUGCAUUAGUAUGCAGGGUGUUUGUGUGUCAGUCUUGUGUGCGUGCAUAUGUGCGUCUGUGCUCCUCCGCAGUGCGAUUUCACAGUCACACAGAGAAACUGACACCUACACGGAAUGCACAGAUGGGUAUCACUGGGACCCUCAGACGGAGCACUGCAAAGACAUAAACGAAUGCGAGACCAUCCCGGAUGCCUGCAAAGGGGAGAUGAAGUGCUUCAACCAUUACGGGGGCUACCUGUGCCUUCCCCGCUCCGCAUCGGUUAUUCCUGCCCCGGAGCCCCCCAACACACCCACCGAGGCCUGCCCCGUGGGCUACGAGCCGCACGGAGACAUCUGUGUGGAUGUCGAUGAGUGCGAGCGAGAGGAACAUGACUGCCAGCCCAGCCAGGAGUGCAUCAACACGCUGGGGGCCUUCACCUGCCAGUGUCCCGAUGGUUACCGCAAAGUUGGCACCGAGUGUAUCGACAUCGACGAGUGCAGGUACAGGUACUGCCAGCACCGCUGCGUUAACGUGCCCGGCUCCUUCUCCUGUCAGUGCGAGUCCGGCUUCCAGCUGGCAGGAAACAACCGAUCGUGCGUCGAUGUGAAUGAAUGUGAGAUGGGAGCCCCCUGCUCUCAGCGAUGUUACAACACAUACGGAACUUUCCUGUGCCGCUGUGAUCAGGGCUACGAGCUCGGGCCUGAUGGUUUUACCUGUAACGACAUCGACGAGUGCAGCUACUCCAGCUACCUGUGUCAGUAUCAGUGUGUCAACGAGCCCGGGAAGUUCUCCUGUGUGUGUCCAGAGGGAUACCAGCUGCUGGGCAGCCGACUGUGUCAGGAUAUAAACGAGUGUGAAACUGGUGAACAUCAGUGCACCGAGACGCAGACGUGUGUAAACAUCCACGGUCAGUACCAGUGUGUGGACAACAACCGCUGCCAAGAUCCUUACAUCCAAGUGUCUGACAACCGCUGCGUGUGUCCGGUCAGCAAGCCCGCCUGCAGGGAUCAGCCGUUCUCCGUGGUCCACCGCUACAUGAGCAUCACCUCGGAGCGCUCCGUCCCCUCAGACAUCUUCCAGAUCCAGGCCACCAGCGUGUCGGCGGGGGCGUACAACACCUUCCGCAUCCGCUCGGGGGACAACAACGGAGACUUUUACAUCAGGCAAAUCAACAACAUCAGCGCCAUGCUGGUUCUGGCCCGCGCGGUGUCAGGACCCAGAGAGUACACGUUGGACCUGGAGAUGGUGUCGGUCAACCCUCUCCUCAGCUACCAGGGAAACCACCAGACCAGCUCUGCUCUCAGACUUUCUAUCUAUGUCGGGCCGUACGCCUUUUAAAGCAGCUGCAGCAGAGGAGGACGAGGAGUGGACGGGUCCAAACGAGGCUGUAAAACAAGCAGAAGUGGUCGAUGCAGUUCAGCCAGUCACUGUGACGAUACAUCUUUCUCUCUGUACCGUAUAAACUCCUCGUAGCAGCCGCGCCCCACAGAAUCCUUCAAGUUUUUAUCAGUUUAAUCCCGUCUUCCAUCUUUACUUUCACUCUUUCCAUCCACUUGAUUGUUUCAGGGCGGAAAACGAAUCUGCAUGACGAGUUCUCAGGUGGAACAAUUCACCAGAUUUAUCAGCUCAUCGUUUGUCACUUUCUCCUUGUUUCCUGUCGAUUCAGUAACCACUCACAUCAGACCUCAGCGCCCACUCGCCUCCGUCACCCGACACUCCCGUGUUUCUUCUCCGACGUUUCUCGGUUUGUUAUUUCGUGUGGUACCUUAUACUUUUUUUUAUUUUAAAGAUCUGAAACCAAAUAAAACUGUAUAACUUUUG